UGUAUAUUUAAUUUAAUUCUAUAUUUCAUGUUCCAAUUUAUUUAUCGUUUAAUUGUAAUCAUAUUAUAAAUUAAUUAUUAUUUAGUAACACUGUGGUAUAAACGGUAAAAAAAAUCCAGUCUUGUAAGCCACGCGCUGAACACAUAAUUAUCUACAUAUACGGUUACUUAGCAUAUAUGCUAAUAUACUGAAUUGCUAAUAAAUUGUAUUUGUGGUUUAAAUUAAAUUAAAAUGGGUGAAGUUUCACUAGAAACAUCUGCUUAUGCUAAAAUAAUUUUACAUGCGGCUAAGUACCCAUAUGCUGCCGUAAACGGAGUUCUACUUGCCGACGGCACGAAGAUCAGGGAUGGUGCUAAAAAUCAAGAUUUAGAUAUUGUGGACACCAUUCCACUUUUUCAUCACAGCCAUAAUUUGUCUCCUAUGGCUGAGAUCGCAUUAACUCAGAUUGAAACUAUAGCUCAAUCAGAUAACCGAAUUAUUGCUGGGUACUACGCAGCAUGCGAGAACUUCCGAGACAACACUGUUGACAAGUGUCCCGGCCAGAAGAUAGCUGAAAAGAUUGCUGAGCAUUUCCCAUCUGCUGUGUUCAUUGUGGUGAAUAAUAAAAAGACUGUACAACAUGCUGACUCUCCUGCAAUCAACUUGUACAAGUAUAAUGAAGGCAAGUGGAAGCUGAGGGAUGUUAAUAAAGUGCUGUUCCAUACACCAUACGCAUUUGUUACCGUAUCGCAUUUACUCGAACGUGGUGUUCAAAAAGAUCUAGUGGAUUUUGAUAACUAUUUAGAUGACCUGUCACAAGACUGGACCAAUCUCGGUAUAGAGAAGUUAAUUGCGAGCAUAAAUGCCCCAAACACCAUUGAUUGUAAGGAUAAGGAUUAUGAAGGAUAAUGUAAAAUAUUUGUUUAUAGAAUAAUAUUAAAUAAAUAAUGUAUAGCAGUUACUAUAUUAUAUUGAGACAAAGAAAUAUAAUUUUAAAAUAAGUAUAUGAAUUUAUAGUUUUACCACCAAUAAAUAUUUUUGGUAGUAAACCAUA